UGAUUAGGUGACUCUUUUGAAGAGUUAAAAAUAGCUCCUUCAAAGAAAACAAACGCUGUUAUUGUCACCAACUCAACUACCUCCAAACCACAGGUCCUACCACCUGUGGCCUCCACGAGGAAAAAGAAUACAGAGGGGUUAAAGAAUUCAAACAAGAUCUUCAUCAGGUCCUCAGGAAAUGACACUGCAGAAACACUUUGUCAGUGGCUACUUAUGUUAGCAGAGGCUAGCAAAUACUUUCCAUUGCAUCUGGGGCAAGAAAAACAGCAAGGUAUCAGUUAGGGUUUUUUGGAAGUUAAGGAAACCAAAUGUGACCAAACAAAAAUAGAUUAGAAUCAUAUGAGUCUUUUGCAGAAGGACCAAGUAGUCCUGCCUCCAACAGAGUAAGAACCAGGGUGCUGAGUUCUCCACCAAGGUCUCAUGACCAAUCCUUUUUGAGCAAUGACUCAGCUUCCACCAUGUCCACUCUUGAGUCAUUCCACUAGAGAUUAAAACUCCAGAGAAGAAAAAUAAAAGAACUUUCCCAAGCCAUGUAUUGGCCCCUCUGUCCAGAAGAAAAGGAAUACCUAGGUUGACAGCCCCAUCAUAUGCUUGUUUAGAUGGGAAUCAUUCCACAAAGGUAGGGUGACCACACGUUGGAGUUUGUCCUGGAUAAUCCUGGAUUAUAGUGGUUUUUCAGAAGUAACUAUAAAUAGCAUCACUUUACUCACAAAAGUAUCCAAUUUUCAAAAAUCAAUUGCAUGAUCAUUCUACCCAAGAAAAAAGACAGUCUCGUUAACCUUGUAGUGAUGCUAUAAGAAGUGAUCAAAGAUGGUGUUCUGCUACCAAUCUCCAGGGACAAACGAUGAGAAUCAGACACAAUAAGAGAAUAUAACAUCCCCAUAGUCAUGUGUUGGAUCAUUAUGACUUUGGCUCAACAGUUCCAUUCCCUCUCCUUCCUAUGUCCUUGCAACUAAACUCCCAAAUGUUAAAGUGUUCUCUUUUGCUGCUGCUGCUUCUUAGCUUAAUUGGUACCCCCUUGCUUCCAAAAUAAAAUGCUAACAUACAUUCACCCAGCUGGAGGGUCAGGGUGAUACCAGAUUCAAUAUUCCCUGAAGCAUGUGUAGGCUGAUUGCUGUAUCCCUGACUGCUGAUUAAUAAUAAGGGAGUCAAAUAGUGCCUUUUGAUUCUGAUUUCCUCUGAGAGACUGUUCUACAAGCAUAGGGUCAACUUAAAGGAAGCAAGGUUUUGCUUAAUAUUUUCUCCUUUCAUUAGUGCACUUAAAUUACUUUCUUGUAAACUCUGCUUGUUACCUAAAUGUACUAGCACUUUUGUUACCUAAUUAACUUUCUUAUCAGAAUCCCAACCAAAAAUAACAAGAAAUGUAAUAAUGAUAAGGUACUCUGCCCUCUCAAAACAGAUUUCCUUUGCGCUUUAUCUCUUGGCAGUGUUCUGGCUUGUUUAAUUAAAAUAUCAGAAAUUAUUAGACUCAAAUUAUUUCUUGAUCUAAUGCUCAAAUUCUACUGAAAAACUGCAUCUUCUGUCUCAGUAUUUAAAAUUUUAUCAGCAUGAGGCAGAUGAGUUUCCACACAUAUGCAACUGGAUUCAUGUAAUUCAAUAUAAUUUUGGAGGAAUAGCCUAAUUUAGUCUCUAAGUAAUUAAACAAACAAAUCAGAUUUGGCUACAUUGAGCUACCAUGAAUGUCCAAAUAACCUGUAUCUUCUCUCCUGUGCUCCUGGAUCAUCAGAAUGAACAACAUCAAUCUGCAAAAGACCUUACAAAGUUUUAGCAUGGAGAUGUGACAUUCAAAGCAACAGUCUUACUUAUUUUUUCAUUAGAGGGGCAGGGGUAAAAACCGUCAAGUUCUAACUACUAACACAAGUUAUUCCCAAGGAAGGUAGUCAUGUCUAAUACAGACUUUACAAUAAUCGAUGAGAAAAUAUUCUUCAAUCACAGCAUUGAAAAGGAGACAACUGUAAGACAUAUAGGUUGUUUCUCUUCAUCACACUCUGUGAAAAAAAUUCAGGUUUGGGUUUGCUUGCUUUUGGUGGACCUGUGUGAGACGUUUACUUUCUUUGAAAUUGUCUGCAACAUGGUCCCAUUUUGCACUGUCAAGCUUGGCUAUCACAAUUACCAGGCAGCCAUACUGAACUUGUGUUUCAUUGGAACUUCCAUACUCACCCCAGUGCUGGCUGGAUGGCUUGCUGAUGUCUCUUUGGGAAGACACAAGCUGGUGUAUAUUUGCCUAUUUCUACAUUUUCUAGGCACUGCUCUGUUAUCUGCCAUUGCUUUCCCACUGGAAGAUUCCCACAUAGGCAGCCACCACGUGAUCAACAAUUUAUCCAAAAAGGAGCGGAACAGGCUGUUUUAUGUGGCACUGUCAGCAAUCUGCCUUGGCACAGGAGGGACGAGAGCCAUUGUGUGUCCACCGGCUGCUUAUGGCUGUCGGGAGUACGGAUCCAAGCAACAAAUGACAUUUUUUAACUGGUUUUAUUGGCUCAGGAACCUAAACGCGACUGUUGUCUUUCUGGGAAUAUCUUGCAUCCAGCACGCUGGGGCCUCAGCCCUUGUUUUACUUAUUCCUUUUGUGUCUGUGCUGAUGGCUCUGAUAACUCUUCAUAUGAUGUACUGUAAUCUGAUUUAUCAACCCAAAAAAUGUUGUUCCCUCCUGACAACAUGUGGGGUGUUUGUUAAUGCCCUAAAAACAUGCUGCCUGCAAUUUUACCAGGGUGGCAGAGAUGUGACAAGCUGGUUAGACCAUGCCAAGGAAACAAAUGGUGGCUGCUACAGUGAACGCCACGUAGGAGACACAAAAUAUUUCUUUACCCUCCUCCCUCUCUUCGUGUUUCAGCUUUCAUACAGAAUGUGCAUGGUGCAGAUUCCUUCAGGAUAUUAUCUGCAGACCAUGAAUUCCAACCUGCUUAUGGAUGGAUUCCUUCUGCCCAUCGCAGUUAUGAAUGCCAUCAGCAUCCUACCUUUCUUAAUACUGACACCACUUAUGGAGUAUUUCACCACCUGCCUGUUUCCUUCUAAGAAAGAUGGGCCAUUUCUAUCAGCAUUCAUUAUUGCUGGAAAUCUGUCUGCUGCAUUGUCAGUGAUGGUCGCUGGCUUCAUGGAGAUACACAGAAAACGCUUCCCUCCCAUGGAGCAGCCCCUUUCAGGCAAAGUUAUCAUUGUUUCCUCCAUGCCCUGUGUCUACCUGGUUCUUCAGUACAUUUUACUUGGAGUGGCUGAAACACUGGUAAACCCAGCCUUUUCUGUAAUAUCUCACAGACAUGUUCCAAACACCAUCAGAGGAAUCUUUAUGAAUUUUCUGACACUGUUCAAUGGAUUUGGUUGUUUCACAGGGGCACUGCUGGUGGAAUUGGUUUAUCUCAUCUCAGAAGGCAAUUGGUUUCCAAACACAUUAAACAAAGGCAAUUUAGAAAGCUUCUUUUUCCUACUGGCAUCAUUAACGUUGCUGAACGUCCUGGGAUUCCGGAGUGUUUCACAAAGAUAUUGUAAUCUAAAUCAUUUUAAUGCCCAGAACAUCCGUGGAAGUAAUCUUGAAGAAACACUUCUCCUCCAUGAGAAGUCUCUGAAACUUUAUGGCAGUCUGCAGGAAUUCUCUGCAAGUAUUGAUCUCUGCGAGACAGCCCUAUGAAACUGAACUUGACUGUGCCUGUCUUCUGAGCACAGUGCUCAUUGUUUUCUUCUCAAACACUAUGCAUUUUAGUAUAAGAGUCAAUAUAUCUAGGAGUGGCUUUGUGAAGAUUGUAUGUGUAUUUUAUUUACAAAGACCAAUUAUGACCCUUCUUGUAAACUAUUAUGCUUUCCCACUUAACAUGAUAUGCAUUAGAGUUAAUAAAGCAUUUGCAGAGUCUGGGCGAUUACUCUAUGACAAGAAAUUGUCAAUUUCCUAUACCCCAAUAAUAUUUUACAAUUUUUUUACAAUAUAUUGGCCAUUAAAAGCAACAUUAAGCUAUGUUUUAGAGCUUUAAUGAGUCAUUAAAAGCAAAAUAACAGUAUGUUAAUAUUCUUUCUUUUAAUAUAUUUAUUGAACCUUUACAACAGGCCCAGCAUCGUGACCAUAUGCUGUCAAUAUUCUGCAUAAAUAAUAAACAUAUGAUUUUGCUGUAUUUGAUCUUCAUAUGACACUAUCAAGACCUGAUUUGAUUACGGAAAUUUUCUCUGAAUUCAAAAGUAAUGUUAACCAAGACAGAACAUCUGCAUACUGAAGAAGUUGGAAAAUAAACAUAAAUCAUGGAAUUAUUGUGAGUAGAGGAAAGAAGGAAAUCAGGGAAGGUAAAGUUGAGAGGAGGGAAAGUGACAGAAUCAAAUAGUUUCUAGAAGGGAUUUCCUAACCCAAAUGAUACUUUUUAGUCUUCACUACUACCUAUCCAUGUACUCAGAAAAAUCACCUUCAAAAAGUUUCUUCCUGGGGCCGGCGCCGUGGCUCACUUGGUUAAUCCUCUGCCUGCAGCGCCAGCAUCCCAUGUGGGCGCCAGGUUCUAGUCCAGGUUGUUCCUCUUCCAGUCCAGCUCUCUGCUGUGGCCUGGGAAGGCAGUGGAGGAUGGCCCAAGAGCUUGGGCCCCUGCACCCACAUGGGAGACCAGGAAGAAGCACCUGGCUCCUGGCCAGUGCAGCUCCGGCCGUAGCAGCCAAUUGGGGAGUGAACCAACGGAAGGAAGACUUUUUCUCUGUCUCUCUCACUGUCUCUAACUCUACCUGUCAAAUUAAAAAAAAAAAAAAAAGUUUCUUCCUUUAUAAGCAAAGAAAUCUAGAAACUCUUCUUUUCAAUGAAUAAGUCCAAUAUCACAGACCUUUGUCUCAGUGUUUGCCAAAGUGUGGUUGAGAACCACUUGCUACAGGUGAGUCUUUCUGGCCCCUACACAGACUGCAGUGACCCAAAUCUUCUUCCAGAUUGUGGUCCAGGAAUAAGAUGAUUUUAACAAAUACACAAAAAUCAUUCUUAUGCUCUCUGAAGUUUGAGAACCACUGCUUUGCAGAACAGUUUCUGCUGCAUAGGAUUGGUGGGAUUAUCACCUGAUUGCAAAUGAUCUUGCAAUUAAACACCUCCCUUUGUACACAUAAAAUAUUUUAGAUCUGUAAAAUAAAAGAUUUAUUCAACUUGAUUAGGCAUGGUACGCAUUUUAAUUGCAAAACAGCAGCUGUAAAACUCCAGGUGUUUCUCUUAUUCAAACUAUUUUUCAUUUGCUUGUUUAUUUUGAGGACAAGUGAAAAGACUAGCUCUUUAGGCAUAACGUCUUGCCUUGCAACUUUUCCAAACCCUUCUUUGUUUAGCCUUUGUUCAGUGGCAAAACAGUGAGGCAGGCUCCUAAACGACCUUGGAAGCUUUGCUUGUUGCAAAAGGUUAAAUGCCAAGUUUGCAAUUUGGGUUUAAUGAACACCCAAAAGAUCACAAAAUCUCUAAACACCUCACCUCAGUACAAGCGGCAAACUCUAAGUCUCUCUCACUGUUAUAAAAAGGAUCUGCCUGAUUCUCUUGUUUCCACCCCCAAAUUUGCCUUCAUCUCCUUAAUUUCUACAUUAGAAUAGGGAAUGACGCUCAUUAUGUUUUCACUCUUCCUUUGAGAUAAAAGAUCUACAGAAUUAUAAAGUUGACCCAAAGCAAGCACCAAAAGAGCUUAAAACUCUCACAUUGGGGUUGACACUUGUGAUUAGGCUAAAUUGCAGUGAACUACACAUGCUUCCAUUCGGAACAGGAUGCAUUCACACAGCAGUUUCUUCUCUAGUGCCUAGCAACAUUAUCAUUGAGCACCUGGAAUAGUUUAGGCAUUAAGUGUAAUUGGUUUUGCUUUACAUAAAUCUGUAGCUUUGUAAAUAAGCGGAGCAUUUCAGCUUCUAUAUAACACCAAUUAACUUAAAGGGAUGCGUCGUUUGCAGAAGCCUGCUGGGUUCUGUACUGCAUUGCUCCUGUAAUAUGCUCCGUGGGGGGCCAAGUUCUGUGUCCCUGCAGUGUUCCGUUAACUCCAGCCACUUGGUGCCAAGGAUCUGUCCCCAGCCAGUCAUUUGCUCCAUUUUUCAGUGUUGGUGAAAGGUUGGAAAAAUGAAGCCUUCCCUAAGAAGCACCUUUGGUCUCUAUUUGUGCUUAUGAUUGACACCUGCAAGGCAAGGUAUUUGAAAAUGUUUUCCAGGACCCACAGAGCACAGGUUUGACCCCAUCUGAUCCCAUCCACAACUGUAACAGCUCUUUCCUUUCUCCUUUCUUCUCUUGGAGCACUUCAAUCCAAUGCGGCCAAACGUCACUGCAUUGCGUCUGUAUACAUAUGAGAAUUCUAUUUUCUUAGGAAUGCUCUCGUAUAUGAGUGAAAGUGUUUCCAUCAGAAUGACUUUUUUAAUAGCACAAAAUAACACUGAGAGAUCUGCUCCUGAAGUUGGUGGACUUUUUCAAGCUCUGUGGAUAUUUUCCCCUUGUUAUCUCCUUACUCUGCUUACUCUCUUAUCUCUCAUAUACCUUUCAGGUAAUCUUGAUUUAUGGCACUCAUUCUACCCUGGCCAACCUCUAAUUCUCUUUGUUUCUGAAAGUGUUUUUUUUUUUUUUUUAUCAACUAUCAGAGUAACCAUAUCAACAAAUAACAGCUCGUGUUUCCAACAGUUUUCCUAUGAAUAGUUGGUUUACAAAUUGAAGAAGAGAGAAUAACCCUUUCUGA